GGUUAAUCCUUAUUAAUCUUGCUAAAGUGAGAGAUGUGACAUAGAGGUACCUACCUACGUUAGUGUAUUUCUAAAAAAUAGGGGGUUCACCGGGUCACCUUAAAAGUUACCAGGUACCCAUGUAUCGUACCCUAUUAUCGGUACCAAACCUGCCAGAAUACAGCUGCUGUCAAUUGCUGCGUCGUGCCCCUCCAAUACCCCUCCGCGCUACGUAAAGCCCCACUAUCAGUUUAUCAUCACUCCAAACACCUUGAAAGCGCAUACUGCUGCUGCAAUACUUAUCACCAAACAUCUCGGCGACUUAUUCAGAUUUUAUACCAAAUAUACAUUCAAUACUUGAUAAUAAAUUCACCGGACCAAAGAUCUCUAGCCAUUCAGUUGCUGGAAUAUUUAGAGCUGUCAACAAUUUCACCCAAUCGCCAUGGCGUCCCCAAGCGAUAGUCAACCAGCGACGUCGUCGUCGUCGUCAAGCCUUAUAGAAACUAUCCAACUCGAACAUGUGCCAUCGUCAUAUACGGUCCUCGUUGGUCUGUUCAAAGACGUCACCAAUGCCGAGUUCUUACAACAGCAACUACUUAGCCGAAAUGCCGAGUAUGAGUAUGCCUUCAUCAAUGCCAGUUCUGUAAUAUCGCGCCUCCAGGUUCUAGCAGCCGUAUACAAGGCGAUAACCAUACACAUGAGCGGCAGCAUGAAGACGCCCAACAUCCACUCCGAAAUCGUGUGCUCUCUUAGUCCAAAUAACAACAUCUCCGAAGCUUAUCGCCGAUUCGGCAUCACCCCAAGCAGCAGCAAACACCUCAUCAUCGUCAAAGUACUAACACCCACUCCCACUUCCACUUCCACUUCCACCCCCACCCCCCAAGCAGCAGCAGAAACAGCAGUGGCAGUCCAGCAGCACCUCCUCGCCCACGUCCGGGGAACACCCACCCCCUUCACCGACGAGGCCAUAACGCAGUCCGGCCUCACAGACUGGAGCAAGGUGCGCAAGUACUACAAGCUGAACGGCGUGGGCUGGCUCGACGGCGUCGAAGACUCGGCGCUGCGCCGCGCCGAGUCCGAGAUGAUGGUGCUGGGGAGCAUGGCCCUGAGGAGUUUAUAGUCGUGCAUGAAUUUCUAAUCUCUAAGAGACAAUAGAAGGGAGGGAAAGAUUAGACGAAGAGGAAGUCGUUUUAAUAAAAAAUGUAUAAUGUAACCCAUUGAAAAUAACUAAAUGCUAGGUAUGGACAAGUUUCUUCGACUUUAAU